UUAUCAGAUAGCUCUUAGCAUGUUGGUGUCGGGUUACUGUUUGGUUAACGCAGCGACAAGAAUAGCUUGCUAGCUAGUAAGGUAGCGUCUCCCUCACACGUUUUGUAAUUUUUGGUCUUCGGAAAUAUUUAACGGAUUGUACGCGCUCGUACACGUUAGCUACAUAUAAACCGAUGGUAUUUACACGCUUCCAGACUAUGAAAAAAUAGUUUCAUUCGGCAGCUAUCCUUAAGAUUCAGCUAGAUAUCUUGCAAGAUCAAUCACUUGAAACAAGCGGAAGCGUGCGUGGAAUAGCACUGCCUUCGCCAAACAGGUCUUAAGUCGCCUCUCACCGCAGAGAUGUCCAAGGCCCCAAAAUCUCCGUCCCGCUCACGGUCCAGAUCGGCUUCCAGAUCCCGGUCCCACUCUCGAUCGCGAUCGCAAAGCCGCUCGAGAUCACGCUCCAGAAAACGCCGUUACAGCUCCAGGUCUCGCUCCAGGUCCCACAGUCGGGACAGGGACAGGGGUUACCCAAGAGAGUACCAAAACAACCGCGGUUUCCGCGGCUACAACCGAGGAUUCCGACGGCCGUACUACUACCGCGGGCGAAACCGCGGCUUUUACCCGCGCGGCCGGUACCAGCGAGGGGGCGGCUACGGCGGCUACAGGCCCAACUACUGGCACCGCGGGCAGGACGACCAGUACGAGCACCACCAGUACAGCCCCAGGAGGGCCCGAUCCCGCUCCCGCUCCCGCUCCAGGAGCCGGUCCCGAGGCUCGUCCUCGGCCCGGUCCCGCCGCUCCUACUCCUCCUCCUCCCGCUCGCCCUCGCCGCCCCGGCGCUCCGGCUCGGGAAAGCACGCCGGCAAGGAGGCGAAGGAGGCGAAGGAGGCGCCCAGGGGCGGGCCGAAGGACGGGGGGGACUCGGAUAAGCUCUCCGGGAGCUGGCAGGGCCUGACCGACUACAGCACCAGCCCCAAGCAGACCAGUCCCCAGGUGCGCUCGGCCGUCAUCGUCGGUCAGGCCACGCCCGCUGCCCCCUACACCGCCACCAAAGCCAAAAACCCCAGCCCGGCCUCUGGCCUCACCGAGGCCCCCUGGAAGAGCACCAGCGCUGCCGCCUCCGGCAGCAACCCCUCCCCCCCAUCGGGCUCCGCCCCCUCCGGGUUCGGAUUCUUUUCAAAGGAGGGCGUCAAAGCAGGAGACCGGAGCGCCUUGUCUUCAGCAUUUCAGAACAGGUUCCUGGUCGAGCAAAAGGAGAAACAACAGGCAUCUCAGCUGGAGCAGGAGCUGAAAGUCUCGGGAGAGGAGAGAGGGGGGAACAGCACGACCAAGAGCCUCUUCCCCAUCAAGGGCCCUUCCUUCCAGAAGGGGCUCCCGUUCGCGGUCAAUGAGGAGAAUGAGCAGGGGCCCGGCGCCAAGCCCCAUGGGGCCAAACGCAAGAGCAAAGCCUCCCUCUCCGCCCGUGACCUCUACGGCCAGUGGGAGGAGCCAGGGUCCCAGUCCCCGGCCGAGGGGCGGGGCCACAGAGGCGCGGACAGCGAGGAAGACUUGGAUGAGGGUCUGGGCCGUCCUACGCCCUCAUUGGCCAGGGACAGGGACAGGGACAGGGGCAGAAAAGAGGUCUCGCCCCCUGUCAAGAGUUCCGGGAAGAGGGCGGAGGACUUUGAUUUCAGCGUGAACCCAGGAAGUUCCGCAGGGCUCGGGGCGAGGGAGCGGCGGACCUCCCGCGAGCGGGCCGAUCCCGGCAGGAGGGACGAGGAGUUCCGCUCCAUCUUCCAGCACGUCCAGAGCGCCCAGCUGUGCCGCAGCCCUUCGGAGCUGUUCGCCCAGCACAUCGUCAGCAUCGUGCACCAGAUCAAAGCACAACACUUCCAGUGCUCAGGGCUAACAUUAAACGAACGUUUCGCUAUGUACCAGCGCAGAGCUGUGGAAGAGGACGUGAAGUCAAAGAAAAGCCCCGAGAUUCACAGGCGAAUCGAUAUUUCUCCCAGUGCUUUUAAGAAGCACUCUUACCUGUUUGAGGAGUUGGAUAACUGCAGAGAAAGCGGCUACAAGGAUCCACUUAGGAAAACAAAAGAUGACCUAGUGGAUCUGCAGCUUGAGCACAAGCCGCGGAAAAAACGCUCCAGCAAGGAGCGCGAUCACAAAUGGGCUGUAGGACGAGAGUCUGGAGACUCCCGGGGAUCCAGCCGAGAGAGAUCCGCUGAGAAAUCCUCCAAACGUCACAAGAAGUCUAAGAAAAGCAAGAAGAAGCGUGAACGCUCACGGUCAUCCUCUGUGGCAUCCCCACGCUCCAACAGAGCGGGAGAUUAUCCCAUCGAGGAGCCCCUGGAGGAGGGCUUCAACAAGGCCCCUCUGCGGCACCGGGAUCAUGGAGGCCCCAUGGAGAGAGGGGGAUCUCGAGGUGGCUUUCCGAGAAUUGCAGGCAGGGGGUGGAACAAGAUCAGUUACCCGGGAUACAGCGGUGGUGCAAUGGCCCCUGCAGGUGCGCCACAGCGUCCUCCAGAGGAAGAGUGGGACCCAGAGUACACGCCCAAAAGCAACAAGUACUUCCUGCAUGAUGUCAGAGAGGGAGAGAAGUGGCUGGACAGCCGCGGGCGUGGCCGAGGGAGGGGCCCUACUCUGAGUGGCAGGGGCCGAUUCGUACCCCGCAGCGGCAGCCCCAAAUGGGUCCACGACAAGUUCCAGAACCGAGAGGAGGGGGAGCUGCUGGAGAGCGAGCAGGACCCUGACGAGGGAGACAGGAAGGGGGGCCCGUCCUCCAAGUAGUAGCCCCCCCCCCCCUUUUUAUUUUUAUUUUACUCUUAUUUUCUAGUGUGAAAAUGCAGCCUGUGUUCCCCACUCGUCUCUGCGAACUUCUCUUCCUGUCUGCUCAGCCUGUGCUGUUCUCUACCGCCACUUUUAGACUCAAAAGGGAUUGAAAUCACUGGUCUGAAAUUGAGGGCCAAUCUUUUUUGUUUUCUAUACUUUACAUUGACUGUCACGACCCUGUCCUGAGUCCCUUCGCACCUGAAAAAUGCACUUGUGCCUGUGAAAAUGGAUUUCAACCUUUUAGAUGGGGCUAUAUGCAUUUGCAUUGACGGUCUAUCGAAAUAAUACCAUGUUUAAUUUUUUUUUUUUUUUGGAAUAAUCCUGUGGCCAAGCUGUUGAGAGGAUGUUCCUCUUCAGUUUACUGAAAUUCAGCUUUCUGUAUCAGACCUCAUCAUCAUAAGUGCAGUCUCCACAUCUGUGUGGCAGUUUUCGCAGACUGGAUUUUAUGGAGGAGGUUUUGCAGAUUCAUAGACUGGAUUUUUUUGUUUUGUAUUUUUUAAAAUGAAAGGAAAAUUUUUAAUGCGAAUCAAAAGAAUGCAAGAGGUUUUGAUGCAUUUUGUAUAAUGUGACGGUUGUGCCUGUUCUUUUUAUGAGAAUUCACUCAACAUUGAAAUUAAUGGUAAAUACAAUUGAAGCCUGUAAAAAAAAAAAAAAAAGUAAAAAAAAAAAAAAAAAAUCUGUUCUUGGGUAAGUUGAUUUGUGUUUUUCCCGUCAAUUUGAGCUUUUCUGUUUGAGCUCGAGUUCUCAAAUUUGUGUUGGCAGACCCUGAAAGGAUUGGCAAAGGUGUGUUCUUCUGAACCGCAGAGGAGGAGGACAGGGAUAUUCAAGCUUACCCAGAAGGGCCGGUGUAGGUGCAGGCUUUUAUUCCAACCAAGCAGUAACACAUUCAGUUCUACUAACCAACCAUUAGAGUCUUUGCGAAAGGACCUUGGUUAGUAGAAUCCGGUGUGUAACUGCUUGUUGUCCCUUUCUGGGUGAGAUUGAGUAUCCCUGGAGUAGGCGAUGAAACUGCAGGUUGGGCUUUCUGCUGAUGUGUUCCGUCGAGCACUCGUAGCGCGUGGGAUAUCCUGUAUGAUAAGGCAGUGUUGCAGUUGUAGAUCCUUCCCCCACAUUAAACUUUUCAACCAAAA